AGUUUGUGAAUAUUUGAAAUUGAAUUUAGGUAUUCAAUCACAAGCUUUAUGUGGUGUUAAUGGAUUUUGAGUUUUUGGAUCCCUCUAGGGUUUUAGUAGAAUCUUCAAGGUCUUUGCAGAGAGUUUAGUGUCCUUAGAAAAAGCUGGUUAUAGGUUGGGUUGAGUUGGAUUGAUGAGUUCUUCGAAUCAUAGGUUUGGUUAGGUUGAGUUGACCGAAUUCUUUGAGUUAGAUUGAAUUGAUCGGAUUCUUCAAAUUUUAGGUUUGGUUAGAUUGAGUUGAAGAAUUAGUGAUAUCUACAUUUUCAAGAAAGAUUUAAACUACCUACCACAAUUUACUUUUUUUGAAGAUAACAUUAAAAAAUACAGAGUGUCCGUUUACAAUAAACAAAGAUUGGGCCACAUUUUUCAGUCUAGCACAUGGUGGGAAAGCCAAAACAAAAGGAUAAAAAAAGGACAAGCUCCUUGAAUGGAACAAAUAUCAGCCUAGAAAGCUACUUACCAUCACAUCAAACUGCUGAGUCUUUGAACCCAUCUCCAAGUUUCAUGUUGUUGCCUUUGGGCACACCCAUCCCUUUCUCCUCCCUGUUCUUGAACUUAGUGUAUGAGUGAUAGCUAUCAUUGAUACGAGCUAGACCACUAUAUGUCGUGAAUGACAUUUACUAGUAAUAGGCAUUUAUCACAAGAGACAAACUACAUGUUCUAAAAUAACUCUACCUGUGAUAGACUUUUAAUCAUAAUAGCAAUCGUUGUUGAACUAGUGUAUUAGUGACAAUAGUGAUAGACUACCAUCACUAGUAGACUUGUUUAAGAGACAGACUUCAUGUUGUGAAUGACGUUUAUCAAUAAUAAACAUUGCAAGCAUUGUCGAAGGAGUGUUUCGGUGAUUGUAGUAAUAGACUACCAUCACUAGUAGACUUGUUCAAGCGAUAGACUACAUGUUGUGCCGUGACGUUUAUUAGUAAUAGGCAUCUAUUGCCAUGACGUUUAUUGUUGUUUAGUUGUUGUUGUACUAGUUUACAUGUCAUUGCACUCUAUAACUUUCGGAUUGGUGUUCAUAAUAUGAUUUUAAUAAGUAUGAAGCCACUCAAAAAUUAAAAUGAGCCCAUAAUCUGACUGUAAAAGGGUGUACUACAUAAAAAAAGAAAGUACAAUAAAUUCAUAGAAACGAUUGAAGAACAGUAGUGGUGUGAACGGCUGAAGAGAAACAGGGAGGGGAGUUUAGAGAGAAUGGCAGCGGCGCCAUUUCUACGCAACAGAUAUUGGAUUCUCAGGCAUGGCAAGAGCAUUCCCAAUGAGAAGGGCCUCAUCGUUUCUUCUAUAGAAAAUGGUACCCUCCCUGAGUAUCAACUGGUUUCUGAGGGAGUUGAACAGGCGCAGUUGGCUGGAGAACAAUUCUUAAAGGAAUUGAAGGAAAACUGCAUACUGCUCGAAAAUGUUCGGAUUUGCUAUUCGCCGUUCUCAAGAACAAUCCAUACAGCUAAAGUGGCUGCAUCUGCACUGAAUCUUCCAUUUGAAAGCCCUCUGUGCAAGAUGAUGGAAGAUCUCAGGGAACGCUACUUUGGUCCUUCAUUGGAGUUCUUGUCUCAGGCCAAAUGCAAAGAAGUUGGGGCUGUUGAUGAGGAAGAUCCAUUCAAGCCGCCCGAAGGUGGAGAAAGCGUUGAAGAUGUUGCUUCAAGACUAGCCAAAGCAGUGCUUCAAAUGGAGUCAAAAUUUGAAGGAUGUGCCAUCUUGGUGAUCAGCCAUGGGGACCCCCUGCAAAUUUUGCAGACAGUGAUGGGAGCUGCCAUGCAUGAAAAUGGAACGGGUUCUCAUGAUUUGGCUUCAAGAUUACAAGCCGUCAUCACCAAGCCCAUUCUCUCGCAGCACCGGAAAUUUGCUCUGCUCACCGGAGAACUUCGAGCUGUCGUUUGAGUUCCGGUAGCUUCUCGCCGGACUUAAUUGAAGAAGGUGACCUCAAGAAUCGUUGCUUCUUCUUUUUUUCUUUGGAAUUAAUGUUUUUAGUAUAUAGAAUGUUGAAUUUCAGGGUUAUGCAGCAGAAAAAAGUACUUAAUAUUUUAUCAUGUAUUAAAAGUUGUGAUUUAUAUUUAUGUGACACCAUAUAGGUGUAUGAUUCAUUUAAGCUUGAAAAAUGAUACA